AUGCAAAGCCUCGUUUGUUUGUUUCGCCAUUCUCUUUCACCCGAUUUUGAAAACCAGCCAUUGGAUGUCGUACCACCGGCACCAGCUCCGACCACCUCUUCCCUUAUGUUUCCGGUUCGUAUCAGCAGCUCCUUGGAGGCUUCUGGCAAUCAUCUUUGGCACUGUCAAAGGAUAAAUCCUGCUGCUUCAUCCUCCAGAAUGGAUCGAAGUUCCCUCGAGAGAGAACGAAGACUGCGUUUGCGGCAACUCUUUACUCGCCUCCAUUCCCUUCUCCCUCCUCAACCAACCAAGAUUUCGACUCUCCAAGUGUUAGAGCAGACGACCAUUUACGUAACCCAGCUGCGGAAUCGAAUGGCAGAACUGAAACAAAUGAAGUUGAGACUAGGAGAGGAGUGCAAAGGCGAAGGGAGUUUGAUAUCUCCAGUUAUAAGUAUAAUAGAUUUGGAUUCAACACUGGAAGUAAAUUUCUUUAUGGAGUGGAGAGGGAAGCUCCAGUUAUCCAACAUUAUGAAAAUCCUCAUGGAAGAAGGAGCAGAAGUUGUAAGAGGUGCUGCAAACCACAGCAAUGAGGAUAGGAUCAUAUAUUCAAUUCACUGUCAGCCCAUCAAUUGUAGAAUUGGCAUCGCAACCUCAAGAGUUCAGCAGAGAUUGGAGAACUUGGUUUCUUGA